AUGGAUAGGGUUUCGACUCUGGCUGAGCCUCUGGUUCGUUUUUCUAAGGAUUCUGUACAUUUUAUUAAUCGAUGUACAAAACCAGAUCGUAAAGAAUUUAAAAAAAACGCUAUUGCUACUGCAAUCGGAUUUUUGGCCAUGGGCGUACUCGGAUUUAUUAUCAAAUUAAUUUUCGUCCCUAUUAACAGCAUCAUUGUUGGAAACUAA